CCACUUUGGCUCAAGCUGUGUUUCUUCCAAGGGCUGUUGACCCGAGCGUGCAAGUUUCCGCGCGUUUCAUCCUUCACAAUGUACCGCAAUCUCCGUCCGGCCGCUCUGAACAUGGAGGUCAUCCCCGGCCUGCACCUGUCGACGGCCAAGUGCCAGCCGAAGCCCAAGGGCUACAAGAACCUCCGCCCCGCUUUCCUGAACAUGGCCCUGGUGCGUGGGGUGCACCAUUCGACGGCCAUGGGCAGGCCACCGUCGACGCCAGACGAGGACGCCCACGCGUGCUCGCCGAAGCACUGCGACCCGAAGGUCGCCGACCACUCGAUGGACACCUGCAGCACGGCGGCCGACGGCGAGAGCAUCACGUUCUUCGGCGAGGACGUGGCAUCUGACCUCUGCGAGUCCGACACCCAGCCUAGCUCGCCGUUCGCCAGCGCGCUGCUCGUGGCGAAGCGCCGCACCGCCGCGGGCCCCGAGCUCCUGUCGCCGUUCAGCCGGAUGCUGCAGGCCAAGCGCCAGAGCGCAGUGCGGCAGGCGGCGGAGCACGCCUCGCCCUUCGGCAGUGCGCAGCGGCAGGGCACCGCCCUCGCUUGCUGCUUUUAG